AGAGAGAGAGUGUCGGCCUGCUCUGUCUGUCUGGUCUGUCUGUGCAAGUCGCUUGAUCAACGAUCAACGACACGCCGAGCCUGUUCAUCAAAGCGCGUUCCAAAUCCAAGCCAGACGCAUCGUUGGGUCGUGCGCUCCAACGCAAAAAAAAAAAAAAGAAGAACAAAAAAAACACUCAAACAGUCUGCAGCAAUCGGCGAUUGGUCGCGGCGUAUCAGGACCCCACCGAAACUUCAUACUUGAAGCCGAAAGAGAAAACAAAAGCAACUGCAACGGGGACAACAACAACAACGAAAUGCAACAAAAUCGCCAAACUGCGCGCGAGCUAUACAAGAAUCGUACUCCAAAGACACGCCCGAACACACUAGCCCGACUCUCUUAGCCAGGCUCUCAACUCCAACUAAAGUUUAUCAAUUUUUUUUUUUUUUUUUUUGUCCUAUAUUAUAAAUAAAAACUUUUUUUCUCGUGUUUGUGUGAAUCUCUAAGCAAUCCUAUAUACACACACACCGUAUACAUCUAUCUAUAAUUAAUAUCCAUAACUAUAUAUAUAUAUAUAUGUGCGUAACUGUUAUUUAAUUUUUUUUUUCGUGACAAAAACAACAAAAAUAAAAAAACAAUUGUGAUUUUCGAAACUGUGUGAUGGCAAAAAGAAACGAUAACAAAAAGAAAGUUCCUUAAGAAAGUGAUAAAGCUCCAAAAAGAAAGACAACAACAACAACAAAAGUAUCUGCAUUACUUAUAUACAUCUAUCCAUAUAUACAUACAUAUAUAAAAAUUGAAAUAUCUUUAUAUACAUAUAUAUUUCCGAAAAAUAUAUCAUCAAGGAUCAGCCAUAUCUUGAUAUGCAAAAAUGAUUUUCAUCGCAUCCAGCUCACGUAUUCGCUCCCUGCUCGCCAUGGUAGUGUGUCUGACAGUCGGUCUGUCCCUGGUGGCCAGCACACCGAUCGCCUUUACGCCCGAGGAGCUGGAGGUUAAGCAUCGCUGCAGCAAAGAUCUAGAUGAGACCAUACACUAUAUAUGUAAGGGGCGCACCGUAUCGCUGGCCGAGCUCUAUCCCCAAAGCUUUGGCAGUCGGAGCAAGCGUUUCGCCGCCGACGGCACCUACUACAGACCCCUGCAGAACGGACCCAUCCACGAAUGCUGUUUGCGACCCUGCGGCUAUCCCGAGAUACGUCAAUAUUGUGCGCCCGACUAAGGCACGAGAUAUGUGCACUCAUAUAUAUACAUAUAUAUAUAUAUAUAUAUAUUAGGCAAUGCCCACACACAGACACACACAUACAUUAUAUUUGAAUAGAAACACACACACACAUACACACACCCAUACACUAAGUAUAUUGUACUAAUUUAAGCUAUGCACUAAUAAAAAUUUAUACAAUUAUGAGAGCGCAA